UUGUACUAAUCCUAAUCCUUGUAGUACCUUCAUUUCAUUUCAUAUACAUAUCUUUGAGAGAGACACAGAAAAGACACAGAUCUAUCAGAUUUAAGACUUCACACACUUCCAUCAUCAACAUCAUCAACAACACUAUCUUCAUUCAUUCAUUCAUUCAUUCCUCACAUCAAUUCUUCAUAUUCAUUCAUCAAACAACAUCAUCAACAACAAGAUGCAUGCUAAGACAGACUCCGAGGUUACCAGCCUAGACGCAUCUUCCACCACAAGAUCCCCUCGUCGACAAGCCUACUAUGUCCAAAGUCCAUCUCACGAUGGUGAAAAGACAACUACCUCCUUCCACUCCACACCUGUCAUCAGUCCAAUGGGUUCUCCACCUCACUCCCACUCCUCCUCUAGCCGCUUCUCCGGUUCCCGCAAAAUCAACAACAACCACCGCAACACCAAACCUUGGAAAGACAUCGAUGUCAUUGAAGAAGAAGGUCUUCUUCAGAAUCAAGAUCAUAACCGUUCUCUCUCCCGUCGUUACUAUUUCCUUGCCUUUAUUCUUGGCUUCUUUCUCUUGUUCACUCUUUUCUCUCUUAUCCUUUGGGGUGCUAGUAGACCCAUGAAACCCCAUGUCGUAAUUAAGAGUAUAAAAUUCGAUCAUAUUAGAGUUCAAGCUGGUUCUGAUGCAACGGGUGUGGCUACUGAUAUGAUUACUGUGAAUUCAACUGUGAGAUUCACUUAUCGGAACAAAGGCACAUUCUUUGGUGUUCAUGUUUCAUCUACGCCUUUAGAUCUAUCCUAUUCAGAUAUCGUAAUUGGCACCGGCAAUAUGAAGAAAUUUUAUCAAUCAAGGAAAAGUCAAAGACUAGUGAGUGUAUCAGUGAUGGGAAGCAAGAUCCCAUUGUAUGGAAGUGGUGCUAGUCUAAGUAGCACAACAGGUAUGCCAAGUACACCAGUGCCAUUGAAAUUGAGCUUUGAGAUUAGAUCAAGAGCUUAUGUGCUUGGAAAAUUGGUGAAACCAAAAUACUACAAAAAGGUUCAAUGUUCUGUCACAUUUGAUCCCAAGAAAAUCAAUGUGUCUGUUCCCCUCAAGAAGAAUUCUUGCACCUAUGAAUGAUUGAGCAAUAAAAAAGUGAUUAAUUUUGGUUAAGAGGAUACAGCUAAGAGAUGGAAAAACGCGUUUUGUAGUUAUAGAAACAUAAAGACAUGUUUGGAUUCGGUGGAAACUUGUGAUGAACAUUACCUUUUUUUUUUCUACUUUAUUUAAUUUUUUAAUUUUGUCCCAUCAUGUGAUAAUAAGGUUAAGGUGUCCUAAUGUAUUAUUGUAUUCAUUAUAAAAAUGUUGUAAUUUUAUUUCAUUAGGUAAUUAUUAUAGACGAAAAAGUUGAAUUA